ACAAAGUAACAACUGAAUGGGGCGAGUAGAGACGGAUGCCCCAUUUUCUUUUCUAUUUGAUUUUGGGUGAGAGGCUGAGAGAAUGAAAGAAGAGAGUUCAAUUAUGAAGCUUCCCAUCAUUGAUUUAUCAGCGCCUGACCGACUUUCUACUGCUGCUACUCUUCGUCAGGCAUGCAUUGAAGUAGGUUUCUUUUACAUUGUAAAUCAUGGAGUGGACAAAGAUUUGCUCAAGAGGCUGUUUGAAGAGAGUAAUAAAUUCUUUUCGCUUCCCUUGGAAGACAAAAUGAAACUUAACAGGAAGGAACUUCGAGGAUAUACAGCAUUAUAUUCUGAAAAGUUGGAUCCCUCUUUGAACACUCAAGGUGAUCCGAAGGAGUCCUUUUAUAUUGGCCCGCUUCAUGGAGAAGUAAGCGAUUUAAACCAGUGGCCUUCUGAAGAGCUUCUUCCAAAUUGGAGACAAGUUAUGGAAACAUACCAAAGUCAAGUUCUGAGAGCGGGGAAGAAUCUACUAUCACUUCUUGCACUGGCCUUGAAGCUUGAUGAGAAGUAUUUUGAGAAUGUAGGAGCGUUAGAUCAACCAAUGCCUUUUCUUCGCCUCAUACAUUACCCUGGUGGUCUCAGUGGCCAAACUGAUGAAGUUUUAGGCGCAUCGGCACACUCUGAUUAUGGGAUGAUCACUUUGCUGGCAACUGAUGGUGUUCCUGGACUACAGGUUUGCCGUGAUAAAGAUCAUGAGCCUCGUAUUUGGGAAGAUGUUCUUGAUAUUGAGGGGGCUUUAAUUGUCAACAUUGGAGACAUGACAGAGAGGUUGACAAAUUGUUUAUUUAGGUCUACAUUGCAUAGAGUGGUGCCAAAGGGACAAGAACGAUAUUCUGUAGCUUUUUUCCUCGAUCCGGCGAAUGAAUUUUCGGUGAAAUGCUUAGAAACUGCCUGCAGUGAGUCAAAUCCUCCCAGAUUUCCCCCAGUCCGCUAUAUCGACUACCUCCGAGAACGUUUCAGACUUACAUUUGCAUCUGAUCAAGAGGCUUCUUAGCUGAUCACUUGCUAGUUGCUACUCACAAAAGUUGUAUGUUGGAAUGAGUUUUACUGAUAUUGGUGGUUAGACUAAUAAGUUUAACAACUCAUUUACACACUUGUACAUGACAGUGUAUUUUUAACUUGUGAACGAGAUUUUUGUGACUUAUGAGGAAAAAUAGUUAUUCGUCUGCUAUAAAUAAAUUCUAACCUUAUAUUAUUUUAAAUAAUUUAAUAUUUUCUAUAAACUUGCUUUCAGACUACCUAAAAAUUUUAGUAACCUGUUAUAACAUGAUUUGUUUUAUAAAAUGGAAAAUGAAAUAUUAAAACUACAAAAAAAAAAUUAAAAAUAGAAAGAUAAAUAUUAAAAUAACAGGAUAAUAAAUAAAAACUAUUCCCUGACAAUAUGUAAACGGAGUAUUUGACAAAAGAAAGGAAAAUU